AUAAUUUUCCUAAAGAUCCAAUCUUUUGAAUAACUAAAGUGAUAAAUCUCAAAGUUUAUUUUAUUUAUUUUAUUUUUGGUUGAACAGUUUUGUAAUUAACUACACAUGGGAAAGAAUUUCUAGAGAGAGAGAGAGAGAGGGGUAGAGGUAGAUGAGAACUAACAGCUACACUGAGCAGCAAUGGUAGAAAGAGGGAAGAGAAGAGGAUGCGGUGCGGAGUGGGGUGCCGGGGGCAGGUACCACGUGCAGAGUCUCAUUAAAAGCCGUUAAGACUUAAAGGCCCCACCUCUCUCUCUAACUCUAACCUAACUCCCUCUCUCUCUCUCUCUCUCUCUCUCUCUCUCUCUCUGCAAUUUCUCUUUAAACUACUUGUAUACUUAUAUACACUCACACAAACAAACCCAUUUCAAGAUUGUCAAUUUUUAUGUACAUCAUUCAUUACUUACAUUACAACAACAUUUUUAUUACCUUCUGCUUGGUUCCAUCUAUUUUUUUUUCUUGUCUUAGAUUUAAACUAAUGCUUUCUUACCCGUAAACCCAAUUGAGUUCAAUUUUAGUCCCAGCUUCCGAAAUUUCAGCUUUUCUCCAGCACGUUGGAAGCACAGAGGAGACCGCCAAUGGCAAUGGAUGUUGCACGUGGGAAUGGUUAUGUAAAUGGGGUGGUUCCAACAAGGAGCCCUGCCACCAUAUCUGAAGUGGAUGAGUUCUGCUAUGCUCUUGGAGGAAAGAAACCAAUCCACAGUAUUUUAAUUGCAAACAAUGGAAUGGCAGCUGUCAAAUUUAUUCGCAGUGUUAGGACAUGGGCUUAUGAAACAUUUGGCACUGAGAAAGCAAUCUUAUUGGUGGCCAUGGCUACUCCAGAAGACAUGAGAAUCAAUGCAGAGCAUAUCAGAAUUGCUGAUCAGUUUGUGGAAGUUCCUGGUGGGACAAAUAACAAUAACUAUGCCAAUGUGCAGCUCAUUGUAGAGAUGGCAGAGAUAACCCAUGUCGAUGCAGUUUGGCCUGGUUGGGGUCAUGCAUCUGAGAACCCUGAGCUGCCAGAUGCACUAAAUGCAAAGGGGAUAGUAUUUCUUGGGCCUCCGGCUGUAUCAAUGGCAGCAUUGGGUGAUAAAAUUGGCUCAUCUUUAAUUGCCCAAGCAGCGGAUGUCCCAACUCUUCCAUGGAGUGGCUCUCAUGUGAAAAUUCCUCCAGAAAGUUGUUUGAUUACCAUCCCAGAUGAGAUGUACAGGGAAGCAUGUGUAUAUACAACGGAGGAAGCGAUUGCAAGUUGUCAAGUUGUUGGUUACCCUGCAAUGAUCAAGGCAUCAUGGGGUGGUGGUGGUAAAGGCAUAAGAAAGGUUCAUAAUGAUGAUGAAGUUAGGGCAUUGUUCAAGCAAGUCCAAGGUGAAGUUCCUGGGUCGCCCAUCUUUAUAAUGAAGGUUGCUUCCCAGAGUCGACACUUGGAAGUCCAGUUACUCUGUGAUCAGUAUGGAAAUGUAGCAGCUUUGCAUAGCCGUGAUUGCAGUGUUCAGAGGCGACACCAGAAAAUAAUUGAGGAAGGUCCAGUUACCGUUGCACCGCUGGUAACGGUUAAAAAACUGGAGCAGGCAGCUCGAAGGUUGGCAAAAUGUGUGAAUUAUGUUGGAGCAGCUACAGUUGAGUAUUUGUACAGUAUGGAUACUGGAGAAUAUUAUUUUUUGGAGCUCAACCCCCGGUUACAGGUGGAGCACCCUGUCACUGAGUGGAUUGCUGAAAUUAAUUUGCCAGCAGCCCAGGUAGCUGUUGGGAUGGGAAUUCCCCUCUGGAAAAUUCCUGAGAUAAGACGCUUUUAUGGAAUGGAACAUGGUGGAGGAUAUAAUGCUUGGAGGAAAACUUCAGUUGCUACUCCUUUUGAUUUUGACGAGGCGGAGUCCACAAGACCAAAAGGUCAUUGUGUAGCUGUGCGUGUGACAAGCGAGGAUCCAGACGAUGGCUUUAAGCCUACCAGUGGCAAAGUGCAGGAGCUGAGUUUUAAAAGCAAGCCAAAUGUGUGGGCUUACUUCUCUGUUAAGUCUGGUGGUGGCAUUCAUGAAUUCUCAGAUUCUCAAUUUGGACAUGUUUUUGCCUUCGGGGAGUCGAGAGCUUUGGCUAUAGCAAAUAUGGUCCUUGGGCUGAAAGAAAUUCAAAUUCGAGGAGAAAUCCGUACCAAUGUUGACUACUCAAUUGACCUUUUACAUGCUUCUGAUUAUAAAGACAAUAAAAUUCACACAGGUUGGUUGGACAGCAGAAUUGCUAUGAGGGUUAGAGCUGAAAGGCCCCCGUGGUACCUCUCUGUUGUUGGAGGGGCUCUUUACAAAGCAUCCGCUAGCAGUGCAGCUAUGGUUUCAGAUUAUGUUGGUUAUCUUGAAAAGGGGCAAAUCCCUCCCAAGCACAUAUCACUUGUGAACUCUCAAGUUUCUUUGAACAUUGAAGGAAGCAAAUACAUGAUUGACAUGGUUAGAGGUGGGCCAGGGAGCUAUAGAUUGAGGAUGAAUGAAUCAGAGAUUGAAGCAGAGAUACAUACUUUACGUGAUGGAGGUUUAUUGAUGCAGUUGGAUGGAAACAGCCAUGUGAUAUAUGCAGAGGAAGAGGCUGCUGGAACUCGUCUUCUCAUUGAUGGAAGGACUUGCUUGCUACAGAAUGAUCAUGAUCCAUCAAAGUUAAUAGCGGAAACGCCAUGCAAGCUGUUAAGAUAUUUGGUUUCAGAUGGUAGUCAUAUUGAAGCUGACACCCCAUAUGCAGAGGUCGAAGUUAUGAAGAUGUGCAUGCCUCUUCUUUCACCUGCUUCUGGAGUUAUUCAGUUUAAAAUGUCUGAAGGUCAAGCGAUGCAGGCUGGUGAGCUUAUAGCACGACUUGAUCUUGAUGAUCCUUCAGCUGUACGUAAGGCUGAGCCUUUUCAUGGGAGCUUCCCACUACUGGGGCCUCCAACUGCUGUUUCUGGUAAGGUUCAUCAGAGAUGUGCUGCAAGUCUAAAUGCAGCUCGUAUGAUUCUUGCUGGCUAUGAUCAUAAUUUUGAUGAAGUAGUGCAAAACUUGCUCAAUUGUCUUGAUAGUCCUGAACUUCCUUUCCUUCAGUGGCAAGAGUGCUUAUCUGUAUUGGCAACUCGCCUUCCCAAAGAUCUUAGAAAUGAGCUGGAAUCAAAGUAUAAGGAGUUUGAGGGGAUGUCAAGCUCCCAGAACAUUGACUUCCCAGCCAAAUUGCUAAGGGGUGUUCUUGAGGCUCAUUUAUCCUCCUGUCCUGAAAAAGAAAUAGGAGCCCAGGAAAGGCUUGUUGAACCUUUAAUGAGCCUUGUGAAGUCUUACGAGGGAGGACGGGAAAGUCAUGCCCGAAUCAUUGUUCAGUCACUUUUUGAAGAGUAUUUAUCCGUUGAAGAAUUGUUUAGUGACAAUAUCCAGGCUGAUGUCAUUGAACGUCUUAGACUUCAAUAUAAGAAAGAUCUACUGAAGGUUGUGGACAUUGUCCUUUCUCAUCAGGGUGUCCGGAGUAAAAAUAAGCUGAUACUACGGCUCAUGGAACAACUGGUUUACCCUAACCCAGCUGCUUAUAGGGAUAAACUAAUUCGGUUCUCUCAACUUAACCAUACAAGUUAUUCUGAGCUGGCACUGAAAGCAAGUCAACUGCUAGAACAAACCAAACUGAGUGAACUUCGUUCCACCAUUGCCAGAAGUCUUUCUGAACUAGAGAUGUUUACUGAGGAUGGUGAAAAUAUGGAUACUCCCAAGAGGAAAAGUGCCAUUAAUGAACGAAUGGAGGAUCUUGUGAGCGCUCCUUUGGCUGUUGAAGAUGCCCUUGUGGGUCUGUUUGAUCACAGUGAUCACACCCUUCAAAGGCGGGUUGUGGAAACUUAUGUUCGUAGGCUGUAUCAGCCCUAUCUUGUAAAGGGAAGUGUCAGGAUGCAAUGGCAUAGAUCUGGUCUUAUUGCUUCAUGGGAGUUCUUGGAAGAGCAUAUUGGGAGAAAAAAUGGCUCUGAAGAUCAAAUGUCAGAUGAACCAGUGGUUGAGAAAUACAGUGAAAGGAAAUGGGGAGCCAUGGUUAUCAUAAAAUCUCUACAAUUUUUGCCUGCAAUCAUUAAUGCUGCAUUAAGGGAAACAGCCCAUAACCUUCAUGAAGCAAUUCCAAAUGGAUCCAUGCAAUCGGCUAACUUUGGCAAUAUGAUGCAUAUUGCAUUGGUGGGGAUCAACAACCAGAUGAGUCUGCUUCAGGACAGUGGGGAUGAGGAUCAGGCUCAAGAGAGAAUUAACAAGUUAGCCAAAAUUCUUAAAGAGCAAGAAGUAGGCUCCUGUUUACGCACUGCAGGUGUUGGGGUUAUUAGCUGUAUCAUACAGAGGGAUGAAGGGAGAGCCCCUAUGAGGCAUUCCUUUCACUGGUCAGCAGAAAAGCUCUAUUACGAGGAAGAGCCAUUACUGCGACAUCUAGAACCUCCACUGUCCAUCUACCUUGAACUGGACAAACUUAAAGGUUAUGGGAACAUAAAAUACACUCCAUCGCGUGACAGACAAUGGCACUUGUACACUGUUGUAGAUAAGCCAGUGCCAAUCAAGAGGAUGUUUCUUAGAACUCUUCUGAGGCAGCCCACAACAAAUGAAGGGUUUACUGCACAUCAAGGGCUAGGUGUGGAAGUUCCUCGUACUCAAUUUGACAUGUCCUUUACAUCAAGGAGCAUUUUGAGGUCUUUAGUGGCUGCAAUGGAGGAGUUGGAGCUUAAUGUGCACAAUGCUACUGUCAGUUCUGACCAUGCUCAUAUGUAUCUCUGUAUCUUGAGAGAACAACAAAUAGAUGAUCUUGUGCCUUAUCCCAAGAGAGUUGAUGUAGAUGCCGCCCAGGAAGAAGCUGCCGUUGAGAGAAUCUUGGAAGAACUAGCUAGGGAAAUACAUGCAUCAGCUGGUGUAAGAAUGCAUAGGUUAAAUGUUUGCGAGUGGGAAGUGAAGUUCUGGAUAACAUCAUCUGGUCAGGCAAAUGGGGCUUGGAGAGUUGUCAUCACAAAUGUGACUGGUCAUACAUGUGCAGUACAUAUAUAUAGAGAACUAGAGGAUUCCAGCAAACAUGGAGUGGUCUACCAUUCAAUCUCUAUACAGGGUCCUCUGCAUGGUGUAUUGGUAAAUGCAAUCUAUCAGCCCUUGGGAGUUCUUGAUCGGAAACGUUUGCUGGCAAGGAGAAGCAGCACCACUUACUGCUAUGAUUUUCCAUUGGCAUUUGAGACAGCCUUAGAACAAAUAUGGGCUUCCCAGUUACCAGGAACUGAAAAACCCAAGGAUAAUUCUCUUCUUAAAGUCACAGAGCUCGUAUUUGCUGAUCAGAAAGGAAGCUGGGGUACUCCUCUUGUUCCCAUGGAGCGCCCAGCCGGAAUCAAUGAUGUUGGCAUGGUAGCAUGGUGCAUGGAGAUGUCAACCCCUGAGUUCCCUUCUGGAAGGAAAGUAUUGAUAGUAGCAAAUGAUGUAACCUUCAAAGCUGGGUCUUUUGGUCCAAGAGAGGAUGCAUUCUUCUUUGCAGUAACCGAUCUUGCUUGCACUAAGAAGCUGCCAUUGAUUUAUCUUGCAGCAAACUCUGGCGCUCGAAUUGGUGUUGCUGAGGAAGUCAAGUCCUGCUUUAGAGUAUGUUGGUCUGAUGAAUCAAGCCCAGAGCGUGGCUUUCAGUAUGUAUAUCUGAGUUCUGAGGAUUAUAAUGACAUUGGAUCAUCUGUUAUAGCACAUGAGUUGAAUCUGCCUAGUGGAGAAACCAGAUGGGUGAUAGAUGCCAUUGUUGGAAAGGAGGAUGGCCUGGGGGUAGAGAACUUAUCUGGAAGUGGGGCCAUUGCUAGUGCAUAUUCUAGGGCAUACAAAGAAACCUUUACCUUAACAUAUGUGACUGGCAGAACAGUGGGAAUUGGAGCUUACCUUGCUCGCCUUGGGAUGCGUUGCAUACAGAGACUGGAUCAGCCCAUUAUAUUGACUGGUUUCUCUGCUUUGAACAAACUCCUCGGCCGUGAGGUGUAUAGCUCUCACAUGCAACUUGGUGGACCUAAGAUUAUGGCAACUAAUGGGGUAGUGCAUCUUACUGUUGCAGAUGAUCUAGAAGGUGUUUCAGCUAUUUUGAAGUGGCUAAGCUGUACUCCUCCUUAUGUGGGAGGUACGCUUCCGGUUUUAUGUCCUGUGGAUCCAACUGAAAGGCCUGUGGAGUACUUCCCUGAAAACUCAUGUGAUCCACGAGCUGCUAUUUCUGGUGUUUUGGAUGGUAAUGGAAAGUGGCUUGGGGGUAUUUUUGACAAGGAUAGCUUUGUUGAGAUACUGGAAGGGUGGGCAAGGACUGUUGUGACUGGACGGGCAAAACUUGGAGGAAUUCCUGUCGGAGUAAUAGCUGUUGAGACACAAACUGUAAUGCAAGUGAUUCCUGCUGACCCAGGACAGCUUGAUUCCCACGAGAGGGUAGUCCCUCAGGCUGGACAAGUAUGGUUUCCAGAUUCUGCAACCAAAACAGCUCAGGCAAUUUUGGAUUUCAACAGAGAAGAGCUUCCACUUUUCAUUCUUGCUAACUGGAGAGGCUUUUCCGGUGGACAGAGGGACUUGUUUGAAGGUAUCCUUCAGGCUGGUUCAACCAUAGUUGAGAACCUUAGGACAUACAAGCAACCCGUUUUCGUAUACAUCCCCAUGAUGGGUGAGCUUCGUGGUGGGGCAUGGGUCGUUGUGGACAGUCAGAUCAAUUCAGACCACAUCGAAAUGUAUGCAGAUCGAACUGCUAAAGGUAAUGUCCUUGAGCCAGAAGGAAUGAUCGAGAUCAAGUUCAGGACAAAGGAGUUGCUUGAGUGCAUGGGUAGGCUUGAUCAACAGCUGAUCGCUUGGAAGGCAAAACUUCAGGAAGCCAGGAAUAGUGGAACUUAUGGGGUCUUUGAAUCUAUACAGCAGCAAAUAAAAUCUCGUGAAAGGCAACUUUUACCAGUUUACACACAGAUAGCCACCAGAUUCGCAGAGCUUCAUGAUUCUUCCCUAAGGAUGGCUGCAAAAGGGGUCAUCAGAGAAGUUGUUGACUGGGGUAGAUCCCGCACUUACUUCUACAAAAGGUUAUGUAGGAGAAUUGCCGAGGGUGAAAUGAUCAAGACAGUAAAAGAUGCAGCUGGUCACCAGCUGUCACAUAAAUCUGCUAUAGACUUGAUCAAAAAUUGGUUCUUGGAAUCAGGUAUUGCAAGUGGCAAAGCAGACGCGUGGGAGGAUGAUGAAGCUUUCUUUGCAUGGAAGGAUGUUCCAGGAAACUACGAAGAAAAGCUACAGGAGUUACGGAUCCAGAAGGUGUUGCUUCAAUUGACAAACAUAGGUGAAUCUAUGUUAGAUUUGAAAGCUCUACCUCAAGGUCUUGCUGCCCUUCUAGAAAAGGUGGAGCCAUCAAGCCGAGGGCUGUUGAUUGAUGAGCUCCGGAAGGUGCUCAAUUGAUUUAAGUGCUUUAGUAUAAAGUAUGGUUCUGCAUUCAUUCAGAAUUAUGCUCGUCUAUAGGUCCCACUGAGAAAGAAACAUAGUAACAUAUACAGUAGCUAUUUGCCUGCCUUGUGCAGCUGUAAUUUAUCAACCACGAGGAAACCUCGCUGUAAAUUGGAGGAGGAUACCCGCACAAUUGUAAAUGUAACUGUCAUCUUUGAGUGAAAUAGGGGAGUAGAUUUCGGUUGGUAACGGGUAAAUUGGCGAGAAUCGGCAGCCUAUGCACUCCAUGGCUGUUCCUUGGCUUGUUGGUCAUUAUUUUUGUAAUAAUUUCUGAGAUGUAUUAAUUACAUAUACGGAUGAAUAAAAACCCUAUUAGAGCUUCAGAAAUUUGCUAA